AUCUUCUUUUUUACCGCACCAGUCCCCGUCAGAAUCACCACCAGUUGCACUUCGACGAACCAAUAUAAGGAUCGGCAACCUAGUAGUGUUUCGAGCAACCCCAAACUGAGAGCAUAUAUCAAUGGCGGCAAAGUCCAGUUCACCAUCCACCUACACUCUUCCCUCCAUCCCUCCUCUCGUCCACGUACUUUCCUUCCUCCUCCUUUCCUCCUCUUUCCUUCCAAGAUCCACGUCCCAAAGUACAUCCCAGGAAGACGAGAAACGAACUCUCCUAAAGAUAAAGGCCGACUGGGGAAACCCUUCCGCUCUCAGCUCCUGGAAUAACUCCGCCGCCACUCAUUGCAACUGGACUGGAAUUCUCUGCGACGAUGGCUUCGUUACUGAGAUAUUCCUUAGCAACCAAGGACUCGCAGAACAGAUUCCUCCGGCCAUGUGUGACUUCAAAAACCUCUCUUAUCUCGAUCUCUCUUAUAACAAUCUCCCCGGACCCUUCCCCACCACUCUCUACAAAUGCUCCAAUCUCAAAUACUUGGACCUCUCUCAGAACCUCUUCGUCGGCGAGCUCCCCGUCGACAUCGACCGACUGUCGCCCCGACUCACCUAUCUUAGCCUCUCUAACAAUAAUUUCAGCGGCGACAUUCCCGCUUCCAUCGCCCGGUUUCCGGCCAUCCAGUCACUGUGCCUGGACAACAAUCUCUUCAACGGCUCGUUGCCGGCGGAGCUUAGCAACCUCCGUACUCUGGAGACCCUCACUCUCGCCUAUAACCCCUUCGCCCCUGCGAGAAUUCCUCCAGAAUUUGGCAAUUUGACGCGAUUAAGUUUUUUCUGGAUGACGAAAAUGAAUCUUUUGGGUGAAAUCCCGGAGUCCUUGGGGAAAUUGACAGAGCUCGAGCAAUUGGACCUGGCGUGGAAUUCUCUGAAUGGGACAAUUCCCCGUUGGAUCUGGAAACUGGAGAAGCUAAAGUAUCUGUAUCUAUAUGCAAACAAAUUCUCCGGCGAGAUCAACGGGACGAUCGGAGCCCUAGGCUUGGUCAAGCUUGACGUCUCCAAGAACAAGCUGACUGGAUCCAUACCGGAGGAUAUCGGAAAGCUCAAGAAUCUCUCUGUUCUAUUUAUGUACGACAAUAUCUUAUCCGGCGAGAUUCCAGCAAGAAUCGGACUGCUGCCCAACUUGUAUGACAUCCGGCUCUUUAACAAUAGUCUCACGGGGGUUUUGCCGCCGGAAUUGGGGAAGCACUCCGGGCUGUGGAAUAUUGAAGUCCAGUGGAACAGAAUCUCCGGCGAGUUGCCGCAGCAUCUCUGCUACCGCAAGAUUCUGACCUCGGUGAACGUGUUCGACAACAACUUCACCGGUGAGGUGCCAGCAUCUCUUGGGGACUGCUCGACGCUGGAUAACAUUCAGCUCUACAGGAAUGGAUUCUACGGCGACUUCCCCACCGGAAUCUGGUCGGCUGUUAACCUCACCACCGUCAUCAUCAGGGAGAACGCCCUUUCCGGCACUCUUCCAGACGAGCUCUCGUGGAAUCUAACACGGUUAGAACUGGAAAACAACAGAUUCUCCGGCAAGAUCCCGUCGUCGGCGAAGAAUCUGUUGGUGUUCAAAGCAAGGAACAAUUUGUUCUCCGGCGAGAUCUCGGCGACACUAGCGGGUAUCUCUCGGCUCCAGGAACUCUCUCUUGGUGGCAAUCAGAUCUCGGGCUCUAUCCCGCCGGCGGUCUCGGGGUUGAAGUCUCUCACAAUCCUCGACCUCAGAGACAACCGGCUCUCCGGCGAGAUCCCGGCGACGCUCGGAUCCCUCCCGAGUCUGACAUCCCUCGACCUCUCCGGCAACCAGCUCUUCGGGGCGAUCCCGCCGGCGAUCGGCAACCUCAAGCUCAACUUCCUCAAUCUCUCAUCCAACCAACUCUCUGGCGAGAUCCCGACCUCGCUUCAGAACCAAGCCUACGAGCUUAGCUUUCUAGCCAAUCCCGGCCUCUGCUCGUCCUCCAACUCCAUCAAGAAUCUCCACACGUGUGGAUACCAUUCGGACGGCUUGGAUAAGCUCUCAGUGCAAUUCCUCGUCGUCGUCCCGCUCCUCGGUGCCCUCCUCUUCCUCGCCGUCGUCGCAAUCGGUUUCAAGACGGUGAGGGAGCACCGCCGAAGGAGAAUGGACGAUGACGAUCUAGCCUCAUGGAAGCUCACGUCGUUCCACGCUCUAGAUUUCACGGAGCACAACGUCGUCCAGGGGCUCACUGAAAGCAACUCCAUCGGGAGCGGUGGAUCGGGAAAGGUCUACCGGAUCGUCGUCGGCAAUCGUGCCGGGGAGGUCGUCGCUGUUAAAAAGAUUUGGAGCAGCAGAACGCUGGACUCCAAGCUGGAAAAAGCGUUCCAGGCGGAAGUCGAGAUCCUGGGUUCCAUUCGGCACGUCAAUAUUGUGAAGCUCUUGUGCUGCAUCUCAAAAGACGAUUCCAAGUUGCUCGUGUACGAGUACUUGGAGAACGAGAGCCUGGACCAGUGGCUGCACAAAGCGCAGAGAACGGACAGGGGCUCGGGUCGUUCUGAUCCAUUGGAUUGGCCGACAAGGCUGAGGAUUGCCAUCGGAGCGGCACGGGGGCUCAGCUACAUGCAUCACGAUUGCUCUCCGCCCAUUGUGCAUCGCGAUGUGAAGUCCAGCAACAUACUAUUGAAUUCAGAGUUUGAUGCCAAGAUUGCGGACUUUGGUCUGGCUCGGAUGCUGGUUCAAGCCGGCGAGCCUGACAGCGUCUCAGCCAUAGCAGGCACCUUCGGAUAUAUGGCUCCAGAGUGCGGACAGGUAAGGAAGGUCAACGAGAAGGUGGAUGUGUUCAGUUUUGGGGUGGUUCUUUUGGAGUUGGUAACAGGAAGGGGAGCCAACGAUGGGGACGAGCAUGGAUGCCUGGCAGAAUGGGCAUGGCGCCGCUACCAGGAGGGUAGCAGGGUGAUUGAUAUCAUAGACGAGGAGAUUCAAAAUCCCCGGGUUUACAUCGAUGAGAUGGAGGUAGUCUUCAGGCUAGCCCUGUUCUGCACUGGAAAAGUGCCUUCGGGCAGGCCUUCGAUGAAGGAGGUGUUACAAGUCCUAAUAAAGUGCGGCCAACGGCUGGGGCCUCCAAAUAUGCUACACCGCGAGUUUGAUGCAGCUCCCCUUCUGCAAACCAAAAAGGGUAGCCGGCGGGGAAGCGCGUCAGAUACCGGUGAAGGAGAAGGCCGCAACUAUUUGGCGGGUGUGGUUUAGGUGUGAGUACUGCUGCCUCUAUUAUUCUGCCUCAGCAUCUGAGAAUCCAGAUUCUCUCCCUCUCCUUCAUCGAUAAAGGUUGCGGGAAGUAGUUUACUUCAUUUUCAGUCGAUAAAGAGAAUCCAGACCCUCUCACUUGGUGGCGCGCUAAUGGAGGAGAUCCAUUCCGUAUCGCCGGCCAUCCGUAAUCUGCAGAGGGUGGCGAGGCAUGCUGAUACCGGCAGGGGGUGCUACCUCCUCUGCUGCACGCGGCUCCGCACGCUGCCUCAGUAUGGACUUGUGGACGCUGCGUGCUGGCCAGCAUGCGUCCUCCAUGGGCGUGACAGGGGCUCGGGCAGAGAAAACACAACUCAACAUGCUCUGCCCCGUCCAAUCAUCGCCCUUAACUUGAUGCAGGAACGAUGGAUGUUCGAGCUGGACCAUUCUAGUGGCUGGAGAGGAUCUGAACUACGCUGAACACACACGGUCAACCCAAAAGAUGAGCAAUCGUUACAGGCAGCUCGGCAUUUGUAAAAGAAAUAUGAUCUCCUUGUAUAUAUUUCUGCAACAAUAUUUGCAUAUGUAAAUACUCAAGAUUUCUCCCCUAACUACAUCGGCCUCAUGACUA